ACUCCGCUGCAGCAUGGCGUUUUAGUGGCCGUGCUUGCGAUGGCCGAGCAUGGGCAAUGCAGGAGCGCAGGCCGCCUCGAUCUGCUGCCACGUCGAGCGGUUGCCUCGGCAGCUGAAUGUGGCCGCGGCCCCCGCCUCGGGGCCCAAGCCUGGAGUCCAAAGCGACCAGGGCUUCUACGAGUGCUACGAGGAGCUGGACACAGGAGGGGAGCUGGACGCGAGCACUUGGGUGCACACCAAAGGCGUGCGCACCCAGGACGUGAAAGGGGUUCACACCAAGCUGUUGUACAGCUGUCUCCAUAUCCAGAAAACCAUCUCGCCCUUGAAGGACCACGAGCUGGAGAAGCACCUCAAAGUGCUGUGCUCCAUCUCGCACCCGCAUUUGUGCAAGGUGGUGGAGUGCUUCGAUGCCGGGGACGAGCGGCUUCUCAUCAGCGAGAAGCCCUUCGAAGACCGACUUGUGACAUCCUUCGCUGGCUCGCCUUGGACUCGGGAGAAAGAGCCUUCGCUGGAGCCUUCGCAGAUGCGCAAAGAUGAGAAAGUGAUUGCGGAGAUGCUUCGUCAAGUGCUCUCUGCACUAGCACACGGGCAUGCACGAGGAUGCAUCCACGGCAUGCUGACUCCAGACAAGUUUCGCAUUGGGUCGUCGAAGUCACGGGCCUCCAGGAUUCCGCAAGUCAAGAUUCUUGGCUUUGGCCUUGGGUAUGCGUUGGUCCCGCCGCUGGGCUUCUUCAUUCAGAAGGAGCUGUCAAAGGACCGCAACAUGACAGGUAAGCGCGAAGGCGUGCCCUACACAGCGGCAGAGUCCUUGAUUUCCAAAGACCAGUUCCUGGAGAGGCUGCGAAACUGCCUCCAGUCACAAGGAGAGCCCCUCAUGUCUUCGGAGGUGUCCAAGGCCACGCCCAGGCUAGCGGUGCAAGCAGAUGGGCCAGCGGAGGAGGCAAGGCCCAGGACGCAAGCGGAUUUGCACUUGAUCGACGGACAUUUGCGAGGUCUCGCACCGGAGGGCGCGGACAAGGCUGACAUUUGGGCUGUGGGCGCGCUGGCUUACCGCUUGCUGACGGGUGUUCCACCAUUCCUCCCUAGCCGGGAGGGUGCAAAGAAGGACCUGAAGCAAGCAGAGCCCAUCAAGUUCUCCAAGUCGGACUGGGAAAGCCGCUCCUCCAAGUGUCUAGACGCAGUGCGGUGCAUGUUGCGGGUGACUUCUAGUUUGCGACCCUCAGCCGCGGAGAUGUUGCGCCACCCCUGGCUGAAAUUGGCUAGGGAGCCAGUGCCCCUGGUGCGUAUGCACCGCCUCUUCGCCAACAGCUUGAACUUCCUCAAGGAGAGUCAGUUCAAGAAGCUGAUCAUUCGGGUCAUUGCAGAGCAGAUGCCGGAGGUGGACUCUCACCUGGAGCAGGCGAACAGUGUCUUCCGCGCCUUGGACCGGGACCGGGACGCCUUGCUGAGCCCUGCGGAGUUCAUGCAGGGCCUGCACCUCUUCCCGGAUUUGGUGAAGCGGCUCGGGGAGGACCCUGAGAGUCUCUUUGAAGCCGCAGAUCGGGAUGGAUCUGGGUACUUGGACAGCCGAGAGUUCGCAGCGUGCACCUUACCUCCAGCUACAUCCCGCGACGAAGAGGUGGUAUGGCACGCCUUUCGUGCAUUUGACGGCACGGAUCAGGUGGUGACCAUCGAAAAGGUCCUUUUCAUUGCCAAGCACCUGGAGGGUCUGGCGGCGCAAGAGCAACUCCAGGAGCUUCUCUCAGUACUGCAGGCUGAGCUCUUGCGUCUGCGUGUACCGUUGAAGCCGGAGGCAGAAGAAGCAGCCGAGAGUGAGGCGGAGUCCGACGUGUCCGAGAGGCUUCAAGCAGAAGGAGAAGGCGACGAGAACGAUGAAGAUGAAGGUCAAGACGAGGAGCCUGGUGUAGCUCCUGCAACAACAUCGUUUUCAUCAAGCAGGCUGGAGCUCAGCGCCAAGGACCGCCGUUUGCCUCCGCAAGGCAAGGAGAAGGGCAAGGGCAGCUGGUUACACAGGAGGUGGCAAGCUUGGGUGGAGAAGACCAGGCGCUGGGUGACACGGCCGCGGUCUCUGGACUAUGGAGAGUUCCUCUACCUUUGUGACACGCGCCGAAAAGGCGUUGGGCCCGGCAGGCUGAUGUACCGGGUCGCCCGCAAGGAAGUCUUUCGUAUUUUGCUGAAGCACAACCUCGACUUCUACGAAGUGGUGCACAAGGUUGGGGACCUCACUUUUCCGCAGGCAGGCGAGCCGGCCCGCACUGCCGCAUCCUGCUAUUAUGCCACUGGCGGGCUUUGCUCCAAGCAGCAACAGCUGCGACAGGAGGAGCAAAAGAAGCAGAAGAAGAAAACACAGGCGGAAGAUGGACAAAGUGAAGAAGGAAGUGACGAUGACUGAGGAUAGGAGCUCUUCUGGUGCCUUGCGCAAGGCUAAGCUGCUUUUGUUGCAGGGUUGGGGA